UCAUGUGUCCGUUUUGGUGCAUGCAGCACUGCCACGUUUAGGCUCUGUUUGUUUUCCUCCUAGAUGUUAUUUCCCUCUUAUGUUAUAUAAUUUAUAUAAGUUAGAUUAUCUUAUAGCCAUUCAAUCUCAUAUGGCCAUUUCCUUUAUUUAGUAUUGCUCUAUAUUAUUUAAUAUGAUAUUUCUGUUUCACCUGUGUUUUUUGGUAAAAUUUAUGUGCUUCCUGAGGUGUACAAUUCACUUCAAUGUUAAUAAUCAGAUGACAAACACUGUGACAAGCAUGAACCAGUAUAUUCUUUCAUUAUCAGAUGACAAACAAUUGGUCCCCGGGCUCAUUUCUCUAAUAGAACAGGGAACUGAUGUUCUGCGUGUGAAGCCCCUUUUGUUUGUUGCUCUGCUUUGCAAGAAUAGUCGAAGGUGGCUUCCUCAUUUCUUUUGCAAUGCAAAAUUAAUAUCAGCUGUUGAUAGACUGGGAAAGGAGAAGGAGGGUUUUAUUCAUCAUUGUACAGAAGCAUUUGUGCAGUUGGUUGCUUCCUUGGUCCCUGGUAUUCUUGACACUGUCUCCAGCGAUAUACAACAGGUUAUGGUUGGCAAGCGCCAUGGACCUGUUACUGCUUUAGCUGGGCGAGCUCAUCCAAAGAGCACAAUUCAUCUGUUCCCUGUUAUUCUUCAUCUUCUGGGAAGUGCAUCCUUCAAGCAUAGAGUUGUGACAGGGCAUGUAUUGCUUCAGUUGGCAAAUCUUAUUAAGAUUUUGGAGGCACCAUUUCAGGUGCUAUUUAAGAACCUUACUGUUGACAUAAAGGAUGUGAAACCAACGUCCCUGCUCAAAGAUCGUCUGCGUGAAGUUGAGGGAAAUCCAAAGCUCGGCUCCCUUGGUCCACAACUUCAAUAUAGCAAAAUUAUGGAUUUGGCUUUGGAUAAGGCUAAUAGGGAGAUAAUACAUAGGCAAGGAUCAUCAAGUUUGACGUCGGCAACGUGGUCAUGGUGACUGGCCGGAGGAACACCGGGCGUGUAGGAGUCAUCAAGAACAUGGAGAAGCACAAGGGCAAACAGUUGUAUUUUAAUUAGUUUAGAUUUAGAGUACAUUUAUGUAUGCGUUGUUUGACAAUGCUUAUGAUAUAUUGAAUGGUACUUAUUUAUAUUAUAUUAAUUAUAACGUUGUUCUUUA